CCUUCUGGUGCCGGAAGCGCGCUGGCUGGCCGGCCGGCAGGCUGGGUGCCGGCGGCGUGGGGACUGACUGGAGCGGCCUGGGCGCCUGAGUCGGCAUGCUGACCCCUGCGUUCGACCUCAGCCAGGACCCGGCCUUCCUCACGGUCGCCAUCCGCGUGCCCUACGCCCGGGUCUCGGAGUUCGACGUGUACUUCGAGGGGGUGGACUUCAGGUUCUACGCCAAGCCGUACUUCCUCAGAUUGACCCUUCCUGGAAGAGUUGUGGAAAAUGGAAGUGAACAAGGAUCCUAUGAUGCAGAUAAAGGAAUUUUUACCAUUCGAUUGCCCAAAGAGACUCCUGGCCAGCAUUUUGAGGGGCUGAACAUGUUAACUGCUCUUCUGGCACCAAGAAAAUCCAGGACUGCAAAACCACUUGUGGAAGAAAUAGGUGCAUCUGAGGUUUCUGAGGAAAGAGUAGAAGAGGAGGAUGAAGAGUUUGACUGGGAAAUUGAACAGUCCCCCUAUGAAGAGGCAUCGGAAAGUGCUCUGAAUCCGCAGUACCACUAUGGCUUUGGAAACUUAAGAUCUGGAGUGUUUCAGCGGUUGCAGGAUGAAUUGAGUGAUGUUAUUGAUAUUAAGGACCCAGAUUUCACUCCUGCAGCUGAACGAAGGCAGAAGCGCUUGGCUGCUGAGCUGGCCAAAUUUGAUCCUGAUCAUUAUCUAGCUGACUUUUUUGAAGAUGAGGCUGUUGAACAGGUUUUGAAGUAUAAUCCUUGGUGGACUGAUACAUAUACAGAAAUGAUGGCCUCUUUGGGAAAGAGUCAGGAGCAAGAAAAUCAUGCUGCAUUAGUAUCUUUUUCUGAAGAAGAGAAAUACCAGCUGCGAAAAUUUGUCAAUAAAUCUUACCUACUGGACAAGAGAGCUCAUCGCCAAGUAUACUACGGUUUGAUUGAUAUCUUGCUGGCAUAUUGCUAUGAAACUUGUGUCACUGAAGGAGAGAGGAAUGUUGAAUCUGCAUGGAAUAUUAGAAAACUGAGUUCCACACUCUGCUGGUUUGAGACUUGGACCAAUGUUCAUGAAAUCCUUGUGUCUUUUGGAAGAAGAGUUUUGUGCUACCCACUUUAUCGCCACUUCAAGCUGGUGAUGAAAGCCUACAGAGACACUAUAAAGAUAUUGCAACUGGGUAAAAGUGCAGUCUUAAAGUGUCUACUGGAUGUUCACAAAAUUUUUCAGGAAAACGACCCCGCUUAUAUUCUGAACGAUCUCUACAUCUCAGACUACUGUGUGUGGAUUCAAAAAGCCAAGUCCAGCAAGUUGGCAGCUCUUGCAGAAGCCUUAAAGGAAGCAUCCCUGACAAAGGCCCAGCUGGGACUGGAACUGGAAGAACUGGAAGCUGCAGCUUUUCUUGUGCAGGAGGAAGAAACAGCAUUAAAAGCAGCCCGCUCCAUUUCCAGGCAGCAGACACCUUCCUCCAGUCCCGAGGCAAGUGAUUCAGAGGAAUCAGACAGCACCAGCGAAUCUGAAACCGAAGGCUUGGACUCCGAGCAAGGGGAGCUCACGGGUAGUAAAUCUGAGACCGUAGAUCCCUCACGAGGUCCCUCUUUUGAGGCAGGCAGUGCCCUGCUUAUUGAUGACAGUGGGGUGUGCAGAAACUCAGCCAUCGGGACAUCUGGUGGUAGUCCGGGCAAGCCACCUGCCUCCUCCUGUGCUCUUGGAGGGUCCCGGCCGCUGAUAGAGGAGCUCAGAGAGCAACUGAACUCAACAGUUCAAGUUUCUGAACCCGAAGACUCUGCUGCUGGAAGCCACAGCUGCGUGCAGGGCAGAGUCAAUGGGCAGACACCAAGUGACAGACUCUGAGUGGUUUUCUCCACUAUUGAGAAUUAUGUCAGAUUUGGUUUUCUUCACUGAAUGAUAAUUCUUCAUUUUCACUUUGUCGUCCUUCUUAGUGUAUACAACACUGUUUUUCAGUGAGCUGAUGUUGAUACCUGUUGGUUCCUUAGUACAACUUUAUAAAAUAAAGUUUUAAAGUAUUUUUACCAAAAUGUCAUUAAUAUUGAAGAUGAAAUAACAGUUCAGCUGGAAUCCCUAGAAUGUAGAGCUCAUCAAUAUGUUUUUUCUUCAGAUUUUAUUUUUAAGUAACCUCUAUCUAUACCCAAAGUGGGGCUUGAACUCACAACCUUGAGUCACAUGUUUUACCAGCCAGCCAGGCAUCCCUAGCCACCUCUCCUACCCCCCAUUAAUAUUUUAGGAGCCUCACCCAGGUAUACUUGACAUACAGUAAACUGCAUGUAUUUAAAGUGUACAGUGUGGUAAGUGUUGACAUCUGUAUGCACAAAAAUGAAAUUAUCACUGCCGCCAAGAUUCUGUACUUACCCAUCAUUUCCAAGUGUCCUCAUCCCCCUUUAUUAUCCUGCUCCCCUACCCCAACAUACCACCCACUCCUCCAUUCCCCAGCAAGCACUGAUUUGCUCUGACACUGUACAUUAGUUUGCAUCUCCUAGGAUUUAAUAUAAUUGAAUUGUGUAAUAUGUACCCUCUUAAAAAUUAGGCUUAUUUCACUCACUAUAAUUAUUUUCAGAUUUGUCGAUGCAGUAUGUGUUCAAGAGGGCUUUUUUUAAAAGCUUUUUGUUUUUUUCCGUAUCUGAUUAGUAUCUGAUUAGAUAGAUUUUUCCAUCCACCUACUGAUGGACAUUUGGGUUGUUUCCAGCUUUUGGCUGUCACAAAUAAAGCUGUUAUGAACAUUUGUGUGCAA